GCAAGCCGACGUUUGCAUCCUGUUUUGUCCGUUUUGGUUUGAUUGUUGCAGUACUGUUUUGUAAAUUAUCUUUAUAAAGCAUUACGGAAGUACGUCCUUAAUCUGUUGAUUGCGGUGGAUGUCACCAACAGCACAAUUUUAUUUGACAGAGAACGUCUUUUUAACGGGGUGUCUUCUGUGAAUGGGGUGUCAACAAGGCAAUACCUAGUUUGUUCCUGUCUGCACAACUCUGCAGGAAGAAAAUGAACAAAGUACACCUUAUAACAUUCACACCAGCAAAAGAAAAAUCAGACUACUGGCAAAAUGGGGAACACAAAAAGCGUUGGCGUACAGCUUCAAAGGAUGAGAAGACAUUGAAAGGGGAAGACGCCAGAAACUUUUAUGAGGGCCUCCUUGCAUCUGUUGAUGAGGGAAGUUCCAGCAGGGCAUGCAAACGUAAGGCACCCCAGAGACGGACAUUGGACAGUAUUGCCAGACAACCCAGUGGAGCUGCCCCAGUAGAUGCAGUAGCUGCAGAACGCUAUGGCCACCAAAUGCUUAGUUGUGCUCAGACUGGGAACUUGAAAACACUCAAAGAAUUAAUUGAGUCUGGAAAGUGUGACAUUAAUUUCAAAGAUAGCUACUACUGGACAGCUAUGAUGUGUGCUUCAUAUGCUGGUCAGACAGAUGUGGUGAAGUAUCUGCUGAAGCAGGGUGCUGCUUGGGUUGGAGUGUGUGAGUCACAGGGUCGUGAUGCAGUAGAUCUAGCUGAAGAAGCUGGACAUACAAAUUUAGUUUCUAUUUUUAAAGAGUGGAAUGUAGCCCAUCGAGUAAAGAAGGAAUCUAGGGACAAAAUAGAAGAAAAGAAACACUGUGGAGUGUGUAAUAUACAGUACCAAGAAGACACUGUGAAACAGCAUGAGAGGUCUACUGUUCAUCUCUUCAACAGCCAGAAGAAACCUGCUGCUACAUAUUACUUUAUCCCAGAAAACAAUGUUGGAUACCAGUUGAUGGUAAAAGAAGGAUGGAACAGAGAAACGGGGCUCGGACCAGAUGGACAGGGGAGGAAGUUUCCUGUAAAAACAGUUCUCAAACGAGACCAAAAGGGCCUGGGCUUUAAGAGUGACUUGAAGCCUAAAGUCACACAUUUUGAUGCCAAUGAUGACAGUGCAGUGGAGCGGCCAAAACAGACUUUAAGGAAGGAAAGGGUUGCUACUGUCAGCAAAAGAGAAGAAAGGAAGAAGGAAGCUAAACAGAAAGCUUGGGAGAGGGAUUUGCGUACUUAUAUGAACUGUGACCUUUAAUAUUUGUAUGCUGAGCUCAGUUAUGUGACUAAAUCUGUAAUGGAAAGGAAAACUUAAGUAGUCUUCUGAAACAAGUUUUCUUACAUAAAAAAUAUUUAAAAGCAGUGGUUAGCUCUUAUGUGCUUGUAUUGUACAUGAAGUUGAAGACUGUGCUUAUAUGAUACAGUUAAUCUUUUCAAGUUUCUAAAUAUUUUCUGAGUUAUUAACCGUCAUCAAUUUAACAUUUACAGUUGUUUUAACAGUACUUUUAAGUUAAGCUAUUGCAGGACUCUAAUAUUUUCCUUGUCUAUUGUAGCAAUGGAUGUAACCAGAAAUUUCAGAUUUGUAUACCAAACUGAGAUGCAUUUGUGCCCCAGAAUAACUGUCGUUUAUUCAGUUAAAAAUUUCUUAACAAUGAGUUAAUAUGUAUACUACAAUUCAUGUACUAGAGUCCUGGGAAUAUAAACGGUCAUCUCUGUGGACACUCAUACCAUUUGUUGGCUCACUUGCAUUUUUCUUGUUUCAUUUGUAUGUUUGAAGAUUGGGCAGCUAGUACCUCAAGUUUGUCAGAAUAUUAUCUCUCAAAAAAUUAAAUUGUACACCAUGGCUUAUGUGAUAGCUGCGUAGUUGCAACCCUGUUGACAAUUACAUAUUUACAUUUCUUUGGUGUGUAUUUUGUUUUGCAUCUCCUAAACUGCUCAAUGAAGCAAAGACAUUAUCUUUGUGAGCCAGUGGGUUAGCUGCUCUCGGCUAGUAUGUUUUGUUGAUGGGCAUCUGUUUGUGUAUAGAGAGUCUGUAUCCUUUUGGUGGUGGUCAUUUUCACUCUGGUUCAUUUUCUCAUAAAGAUUAAAAAAAGUAAACAAAUAGUUUUGUUAAUGGCGUAAGCCCACUAGAUACAGUUCCUUUUCUGGAAUGAAGCAGGAGCCCAGAGAGACACCUUAGACAAAUGGAGGCUGUGGAAAUUAUACCAGGGCAUGUGGCAGAAUCCUAUGUGUUGCAGCACUUGGGGUUAAACCUGUAUGCCAAAAUACUUAGUUACAUUAGUACCGGUUAGUCUUCUUUUAAAAAACAUGUCUGUCUGUAGCUUACUGAGUCAGUAUAUUUAUUGCUUUAGCCGCCAAUUCAGGGGUAUAGAUUUCUGAACAUGCUUUUAGGACCAGAGUUCUAGUAGUCUGUAAUUUCCCAGAUUCUGUAAUAAUAGACUUGCUCCAUACUUGUCCUCUGAAUAACUGAAAUAAUCUCUGACCUUCCCGUUGGAAAUGAAAUAUUUCACACGAUGUUUGCAUUAAAAUUUAAGUACUUGAAA